UUUUUUUUUAAUAAUUAGUUAUCUUCAAUCUAAAGGUAUUUUAUGUCUUGCUGAUGAAGUACAAGCAGGUUUUGGUCGAUGUGGUACACAUUUUUGGUCAUUUCAAUCUUAUGAAGAAGAUAUUAUUCCUGAUUUUGUUACUUUGGGUAAAUCAAUGGGUAAUGGAUUUCCAGUUGCUGCAUUAGUAACUCGUAAAGAUAUUACAAAUAAAUUUACAAAUGAUGGUAUUGAAUAUUUUAAUACAUAUGGUGGAAAUCCUGUUAGUUGUCGAGCUGCUAUUGCUGUUCUUGAUAUUAUUGAAAAAGAACAUUUACAAGAAAAUGCUCAUCAAGUUGGUCUUUAUUUUCUUAAUAAAUUAAAAGAACUUAGUAAAAAAUAUGAUAUGAUUGGUGAUGUACGUGGUCGAGGACUUUUUCUUGGAAUUGAAAUAGUAUGUAAUAGAGAAAAACGUGAACCUGGUAUUGAACAAGCAAAAGAAAUUAGACAGAAAUUUCGUGAACAUUUUGUAAUUGUUUCACUUGAUGGACCUGAUAAUAAUGUGAUUAAAUUUAAAUCACCAAUGUGUUUUUCAAAAGAAGAUGCAGAUUAUUUUUGUAAUAAACUUGAAAUAAUAAUAAAAAGCAUGACAAAAGCAUAA